CCAGUGACUAUCGUAAAUCCUGUUGGUCGCAGUUCACGUGCAUGUGUGUAUACGGUGUCUGAGAGAGCAACAGGUGAGCAUGGCGUUAAGCACUGUAUUAAGUUGUUAUAUAGGCCUACUGUACAGCUUAAGGUGGGUGUCAUUAGCGUCUAAAUGGAGAAGCCUACUUUUCAAGGGGCUUUGAAAAUUAAUUCAUUUUUAGGAUUCUUAUCAACAUGCAUUGUCGAAAGUCCAGAUUGUUGCGUCUUUUUACAUUAAUUGGGAUUGCUGUACUGUUUACUAUUAUACUGGUGUAUCUUACUCACCACGUUGACCACACGGGUAUUACUCAGAGACGCAUUGGCCUUACGGUUUUUCAAAGCACCAACAAAACAGAAGAUCACUUGAAUUUCGGAGAAAACAGACUGUGGAUACACACAAGACCUUACCAAUACUUAAUGAAUAUUGAAAAGGUGUGCGCAAAAUCUAACGUAAGAGAUUUGUUUUUGAUAGUUUUGGUCCUUUCGAGGCCCGAUGGAUUUAAAAGACGUCACCUAGUCAGAACUACAUGGGGGAGUCCUAAAACCGUUAAUGGAACAGAAAUCAGAACAGUUUACAUUCUUGGGGGGAGCAAUAACACAAACACCCAACAGAAACUACAAGAAGAGCAGGCACAGUAUGGUGACCUGGUACAAAUUGAUUUCCGCGACUCUUACGAUAACUUGACAGUGAAAACUGUGAUGGGACUGAGGUGGGCGUCGACAUUUUGUCCCAGAGCCAAAUUUGUGAUGAAAACAGACGACGACAUGUUUGUGAAUUACAUGCUUUUAGUCCAGUAUCUGAAGGAUCUCACACCACAGGACCAAGAACUGCUUUAUGCAGGUAGUAUAAAUGGCAACCUCCAUCCAGUUCGGGUAGCAGAAUAUGUUUCGGAGAAGAAAUGGGUAGUUCCAGUAGAGGAGUACCCGGAUGAGGACUACCCGCCAUACUGUUCGGGGGGAGCCUACGUGUUGUCCGGUAGAGCAGCGAAAUCCAUCUAUGAAACCUCAAAAACAACGCCGUUUUUCAGAAUGGAAGACGUCUUUGUCGGUAUAUGUGCAAACAAAACGAGGAUAUAUCCAACCGACUACAUCGGGUUCAGUUCCAGCUGGUUCGCUUAUAGCGACUGCAGGUUUCGUUUUCUCAUUACUGCCCAUGAUAGUUCUGUCAAAAAUUUCAUCAAAAAUGUUUGGAAAAGAGUUAACAGCGAACGUAAACCUAAAAAAUGCCCAACAAAGGAAUUAUUGAUAGAAUGGUACGACUACGACGAUGACUAUAUCUUAUACAAUGUCAGACAAUGGGAAAAUGCCUCCUAUUAUUACGAUUACACAUUGUAGAAAAUGUUUGUCUCAUGUUUUCAGUUUGUCCUCUUAUGUGGUACUAGAUAUAUUUAUAAAUUAUAAAUUGUAUUGCAUUGUAUAAAACACAAGGUGGAUUGACAUCGUUCCAAUCCAAAGUAUUAAAGAAGGUGUCCUUCUUUUGUCUUUCAAACAUGUAUUUGUAUCGGGUUGUUAAAGAAUAAAACAAUUUUUUUAAAAUCAUGAACACUGCUAGAUGCGGAAUGUUUUGGAAGCAACCCCUCCUGUAAGCCUGUAAAGGGAAGUAUUAUAAGAUAAACGAGACUGUGAAAGGUACAGGUGUCUUUGGGGCGUGGGAGAAGAUUACGGUCACAUACCUGUAGGCGGGGCCACGGAGGAAGUGGGGGCCUUAUAGCCUACGUGAUGCGUUUGAAAAUGUUAGUCGAAAAAUACUGCAAAGCUACUUAGGUAUUUUUCCUUAUCAUUCAGACGAACUUAUAAAUGGUAAAACCUCUCAAAUAAAAAUACCUAAUGUCUAAAAAAUUGGCGGUCUUAAUGUACGGUCACAGAACUAGCUUAUUUCAUUUGAAAUGGUAUUUAAAAAAAGGCAAAUCAAAGUACAUCGACGGACCGAGCAAUGGUUCUUGAUUAGGAUAUUUUUUUCUCGAGCGAAGUUAAAAAUAGCACGAGAUUCUGGGGUAGAAUAGGCCGUCUUUUAAACUUGAAAAAAGACUCGCUCUCCAUAUUUGUUAUUCUCUCUCACUCUAUUGUCCAGCCAAUCUACCAGUUUUACAAAGAAAAUAUUUAAAAACAGUUUUCUUUGCACUGAAAUAAAAAUACACGCUUGAAGAAAAGUAAUUAGGUACAUUGAAUACCACGCGUCAUUAUAUUAAAUUAAUUUGUUCAGAUGAAUUAUAAAUAAGUAUAGUAAAAACGGUUAAACGGUUCUGUAUAAAAGAAGAAAAAAAUGAAA